ACCAGAGCAAAGCAGAUGAGGAAAUGGGGUGGCCACCUGCUCAAAAGCCGGGUCACUCAGAAGAAGAGCACGGAGGCCCGGCCCAGACGGACGUGUGUGCUACUCAGCUUUCCGAAGAGAUCCUCAGGUCCUGUACUGAUGAGGUACUGAGUUUCGCUUCCAUCCUCUCCUCGGGAGAUCAGCAAUCCUGCUCCCACACCUCUGAGAGCCCACUAGAGAGUGAAACGCCGACCACGAGUUCGGCAGAACAAGAAGAGGAGUCAGGACUUUCAGUCUCACAGAAGGAUGAGAAUAAGCUCAGUGAGAAGUUGAUCAACCACCUCAAGGCCAAAGAAGUGAACUCUUUAAGCUAUCAUCCUGACAGUAGACUCCCAACGGAAGUCCCCGGGGGAUCCGCCGAAGAACUGAAUGCCCUGCAGUCUUUUUGUACGAAUAAAGUAAACUUGAUCCGCCAGAGAACGGAUUCAAGCGCUAAGAAAAGCAACAGACACAAAAGGCUACAGCUCAGAUGGAUUGCAGAGACCUCAGAGGUAGAUGCUUUAAACUGUACUAUCACUGACGAUCUGUUGAACAGAAUCUAUUAUAAAAACACGAGGGCCACUCUGGCGCACCUAGGGGCGGUUAAGCAACACAUUUCUUCGCAGUGUCCCAGCUGUAACAGCAAAAGAGCAGAGCUGGCUCAGUCUGACUUCCUGAAGCGAAGGAAGACUUUACUGGAGUCACUACUACUCCAAGAGAAAAUAGAUGAACACCUUCAUACCACAGACUUUCUCACCCGUGUUGGAGAAGCACAUCACGGCUUCCCGAGGCUUUCAGAUGAUCCCAGAAUAAUCUGGGAGAGACUGACUGAGAAAAUUCGGACGGGAAGCUCCGGUUUGGGGAGGACAGAUUCAAAGCAGGUGUAAGAUGAUUAUGCAAGUACUCCACCACUUCUCAACUCACUUAUCAAACCAGAUAGGAGAUACUGACUACUAAAGAUGAUGUGCGAUGUGGCCAACCAAGGCAUGGUGACUAUUAAUGCUUAGCGGUAACAUGUGGUAUUCAUAUAUGUUUCUGCUGUGUUUGAGUGAUCACCUUUUCUUUUUCUUUUAAGAGGGAAUUGAGAAAUUAAUGUAAGAUUUUUCUCCUUCAAGGGGGUCUAAAUCAUUCCAUCCAGUAGAUUUUUCAUGUUACAGAAGAUGA